ACUCUUCUUCUAUAUUCAAUGACGAUGAAAGCACCUACAUCGCAAGAUAACUUAUGGGUCGCUGCUGGUGAUGGACAACUAGAUCGGGUCAGAGAAUUGAUCGAAGUCGACAAAAUUGAUGUCAAUAGUCAUGAUGAAUUUGGAUAUACAGCCAUGCAUGCUGCGGUUUCUUAUAAUCAAAAAGAAAUUGUUGAAUAUUUACUCAAAAAUGGAGCCAAUGUUGAUAUUGAGGAUUUUGAUAAGGAUACUCCACUUUAUGUUGCAGAAACUGUAGAAAUGGCCGAGCUUCUAUUAAACAAUGGUGCAGAUCCCAAGCAUAAGAAUAAAGAAGGUAUUACACCUGCCUUAACAGCACACGAAGAAGGAUGGACAGAAGUAGCAGUUUUCUUAGCCAACAAAACAGGAGAAGAAUUACCACAGGAUGGUGAGGAACAAAAUACUCUAGCUCAUGUUGAAAGCGAUGCUAAACCAUCUACCUACGAAAUCAGUGAAAAGGACGAUGAAGCGCUUAAUGAACUUACUACCAAAAUGGAAGAUCUUAUCAAUAAAGUUAAAGAGCAGGAUGGUGUUCCAGAUGAAGAAGAACUUAGAGAACUGGUGUACAAAAUGUUGGUGGAUGAAAUGCAACGUGGCGCUACUGACAAUAAUGAGGAAUCCUCACAAGUAAAGGAAGAGCAAUAAUAUUCUUGCAUAACUGAGAUUUGUUGCUCAUUUCAAGAACAGCAAAAUACAGUGUUUUGGCUUCAAUUUUACACUUGAUACAUAUUUUUUUGGACAAUGUAUAUCUAUAAUUUAGAUAAUUUUAAAUUACUUUAGGAUGAAAUGGUAUAGUAUUCUUGGACGAUUCAUUGAAUAAAUAAUUGGAGACAUUAUUUUGAAAGUCAGUGGACAUUUUUCAAUUUGAUAGUGGCAAUACGUUAAAGUACUACGAGACGUACUGAGUAUUUUAGUGUGACAC